CAGCUUCAAAGUUUAAUGAUGUCCGAGCGCGCGGGAAAACGCUUGCCGUGGGGGACAUUUUUUACGCGCCAUCAUUGGGCGCGCGCGGGGUGAGGCUAAGAUGUGACCAGCUGACACCAGACAAACCCUAAUAUACACACGUAGGGACGACGAACGAGAAGAAGAAGAAGAAUCAGAGUAGAAAUGGAGGAGGUCAGGCCCGAGUUCCCAGCUUUCCCGUACAAACCCUACCCCAUUCAGCUCGAUUUCAUGAAUGCGCUCUAUCAAUCCCUCCAAGACGGCGGUAUUGCUAUACUGGAGAGCCCAACAGGAACCGGGAAAACCUUAAGUAUCAUAUGCAGUGCUCUACAGUGGCUUAUUGAUAGAAAGCAAUUACCGAAGGAUAAAUCCGUAAACCAAACAGGACCAGAUGACGAACCUGAUUGGAUGCGUAACUUCGUGCUUAACUCUGAAACCAAAUCACCUGAAAAAAAGGAGGUGAAAAGAACAGUUUAUAGGAAAAGUAAUUUUAAUAGGAAAAAUGAAAAGCAAGCGUCUUUUAAAACUACUGGGCGCAAGGAGAAGAUUUCUUUGAAGUUUGAAAAAGGGUUAGAGGAUGAGGAAGAUUUUUUGAUGGAUGAGUAUGAGAGUGAAGAUGAAAAAGAUGGGAAUUCGAAAAGAAAGAGUGCUAAGAAUGCUGUGAGUUCAUCCAGUGAGGAUGAUGAUGACGAUGAUGAAGAGAAGGAAGAGGCAAGACUGAAAGUUUACUUUUGCAGCAGGACCCACUCUCAGCUUUCCCAGUUUAUAAAGGAGAUAAAGAAGACCAAGUUCGCUAGUGAAUUGAAUGUUGUGUGCUUGGGCUCCAGGAAAAAUUUGUGCAUCAAUGAAGAUGUAUUGAAACUGGGGACCCCAGCACUAAUAAAUGAGAGAUGCGUAGAGCUUCAAAAGAGUAGGAAACAAGGAUGUUGUAAAAUUUCCAAAACAAAGAACAUGAGCAUCAAGGGAAGAGUACGACGGACAAAAGCUUCAUCUGGGUGCCCAAUGCUUAGAAGCCGCAAAGUGGAAAAAGAGUUUAUGAGUGAGAUUUCUGAACAAGGGCCUUUGGAUAUUGAGGAUGUUGUUCAUAUUGGUCGUCAGCUGGGAACAUGCCCAUAUUAUGGUUCCAGAAACCUGGCCCCUAAAGCAGACCUUGUUGUUCUUCCUUACCAAUCUCUUCUUUCAAAGUCAUCUCGUGAAUCCCUUGGUUUGUGUUUAAAAGGUAAUGUUGUGAUUAUUGACGAAGCUCAUAAUCUUGCUGACUCUCUUAUCAGCAUGCAUGAUGCAAGAGUUACUUUGUCUCAGUUGGACCGUGUUCAUUCUCAUAUGGAAAGUUACCUCAAGAGAUUUCAGAAUCUUUUAGGGCCGGGAAAUAGAAGAUAUAUCCAGACACUGAUGGUAAUCACUCGGGCCUUUCUCCGGAUUUUGUGUCAUGAGAUGAAUACUGGAGGCCCAUUUUGCCCUGCAUCAGAAGGAACUGAAAGUGGUUUUGAGUUUUCCAUGACAAUUAAUGAAUUCUUGUUUUCUCUCAACAUUGACAACAUAAACCUUGUCAAACUGGUCUAUUAUAUGCAGGAGAGCAAUAUAAUUCAUAAGGUCUGUGGAUAUGGAGAUAAAGUAGAGAAAGUAUCAGUUUCAGAAGCCAGUGACCAAAGAGAUGGGGAGGGAAGCUCACUAUCAGGUUUCCAAGCACUGCUUGGUAUGUUGCUGUCUUUAACAAAUAAAGAUUCAGAUGGAAGGGUAAUAGUAUCAAGGACAAGGCCAAACCCCGAAGGAAAGAAAGGAGGUUAUCUCAAAUACGUCAUGCUCAGUGGAGAAAAGAUAUUUUCUGAGGUGCUAAAUCAAGCCCAGGCCGUCAUAUUAGCUGGGGGAACUCUACAACCUAUAGAAGAAACAAAGGAACGCUUAUUCCCAUCUCUACCUCCCGAGAGGAUGCAUUUCUUUUCAUGUGGUCAUAUCAUACCUUCUGAAAAUAUAUUACCCAUUGCUGUUUCCCAUGGGCCAUCUGGUCAUUCCUUUGAUUUUAGCUACAGUUCCAGAAGCUCCCAGAUCAUGAUUGAAGAGUUGGGGCUCCUGCUUUGCAAUAUAGCGACAUUGGUCCCUGAGGGAGUAAUUGUGUUCUUCUCAUCAUUUGACUAUGAAUCAAUGGUCUACAAUUCUUGGAAGGAAUCAGGCAUCCUUGCAAGAAUUACAAAGAAGAAACGUGUAUAUAGAGAGCCUAGGAAAAGUUCAGAGGUGAAUCUUGUUCUUAGAGAAUACACAGAUACGAUUGAUCACAAACGUCAACUUGAAUCUAUGAAUGGUGCUAUUCUCUUUGCAAUUGUGGGUGGGAAAAUAUCUGAGGGUAUUAAUUUCAGUGAUGGAAUGGGGAGAUGCAUAGUCAUGGUUGGACUUCCCUAUCCGAGUCCCUCAGACAUUGAGUUGAUCGAGAGGGUGAAACAUAUUGAAGGAAUCGGGCGUCCAUCAUCAUUGAUUAAAACACCUGAGGUUUCAGUUCAAGCUCAGUGUUUUAAUGGGGAUGCACAAGCUGGUCUAAACAUACUAAGAAGCUGCAAGCACAGAGGGAAACAGUAUUAUGAGAAUCUUUGCAUCAAAGCUCUAAAUCAAUCUAUUGGUAGAGCUAUCAGACAUAUAAACGACUAUGCUGCAAUUUUGUUAGUUGAUGGACGAUAUGCAUCUGAUCCAACAGAACGAAGGUCUUCUCAUUUAACAAACAAGCUUCCGCAGUGGAUCAAAGCCCG